AUGGACCCCCGGUAUAGUGGUCAGGAUAUCCUAAGGUGUGACCUUUGUGUGACCAAUGUGGUACAAAGUCACUGUGAGCUUUGUCAUAUUAACCUGUGUAAGACCUGUGUAGGAGAACAUCUUUCGGAUUCAACUAGAACCCAUAGAGUCGUACCAUAUACAGAAAGAUUUUUAGCUCAAAAAAGUCCAAAAUGUCCAAACCACACCCAGAAACACUGUGAACUUCACUGUGAGCAAUGUGACAUUCCUGUCUGCUCUACCUGUAUCUCCUCAGGUAAUCAUAAAGGACAUCAUUUAUCUGAUGUUUUACAAAACAUCAGCUCCAAAACAAAAGACAUCGAAAAAGAAUUGAAAGAACUGGAGACUAAAAUUUAUCCAAAAUAUGAAGAAAUUGCCUCUAGUCUAAAAACCAAAACUGACGAUUUAGAAAUUCACUACAAUAAAUUGACAACAGCUGUCACCAAACAAGGAGAAGACUGGCACAGAGAAAUUAACAUCAUUGUCAACAAACGAAAAUCUGAAAUUGAUGAGAUGAAAUCUAAACACCUGGCUGCUCUAAAUAAACAGAAAGAAAAGGUCACAAAAAUUACUGCAGAAAUAAAACAGAGCAUUAUUGAUCUGAAGAAUAUUCUAGACUCGAGUAACAUAUCCUUAGUCUCUGUUUACAAAUCUAGAAAUGAAGGGUUCAGAUAUUUACCCCCUGACCAUAACGUGUCAUUACCAAGUUUCUUUCCUCAUCAGAUUAACACAGAUCAACUCCGUCAAAUGUUUGGGUUUCUGUCCGCAUUAUCCAUUACAACAGAGGAACGGAGCUACAGAAUGGAAACACCAGAAUCUGUAUCCUGUCCUCCGGUCAAACUAUUAGUUGAUGAACCAAGGCUCAUAAUCACCAUAGACACCGGGUAUAAAAACAUAUGCAGUGUUACCUGUCUCACUGAUGAAGAAAUCUGGACAUGUGGAGAUGACAAAAUCAUGAAACUCAUUGACCUCCGGGGAAAACUAACAAAGUCUAUCAAAACCAAAUCAGGUAACAGGCCACAAGACAUAGCAGUGACAAGGAAUGGAUAUCUAGUUUAUACUGACCAUGAAAAAAGAACUGUCAAUAUGAUGAAGAAUAAACAGAUACAAGAAAUUAUCAAACUACAGGGAUGGAGAUCUUGUAACGUCUUUAGUACCUCCUCUGGUGACCUCCUGGUUACCAUGAUCCAUGAAGAUAAUAAACAAUCAAAGGUUGUCCGUUACUCUGGCUCCAAGGAAAAACAAACCAUUCAGUUUGAUAGUGAAGGCAAACCUCUGUAUUCAUCUGGCGGCCUUAAAUACAUUAGUGAGAAUAGGAACCUGGAUAUCUGUGUGGCUGACGAUGCAGGUCAUGCAGUGGUCGUGGUAAAUCAGGCAGGGGAGCUCAGAUUUAGGUACACCGGACGCUUCUCUACUUCAAAGGAUUCAUUUGAUCCAGUCGGCAUCACAACAGACAGCCAGAGUCGGAUCCUGACAGCAGACUGUGUCAACCACUGCAUCCACAUCAUGAAUCAGGUCGGACAGUUCCUGCAUUACAUAUAUAACUGCCAUCUUCGUCAUCCAUAUGGUUUAUGUGUAGACGCCAGUGACAACCUCUAUGUAGCUGAAUGGAACGGUGGUAAAGUGAAGAAAAUCAAAUACAUGUAA